CGUGUCGAGUAUUUCUCUAUCGACGAUAUUUUUCAUCCUUCGUGAGGAAUUUUCGAAAUCCUUGGCAAUCCCGUCUAAUGGAUUACAUUCGCGGGGAUGUUCUUACAGAAGCAGAGCUACUUCUCCCGGCUGGCAAAGUCCUACCCGAUUCUAAAGCUCGUUGAUGUAUACGAUCGUCAAGUAAAGACCGUGAAAAUCACGAGACAUCGCGUGAUUUCUACUGACUUCCGUUUCUUAUUGCGCCACAGUCGUUCAUACGGGUGUACGUGUUGGACAACGUCUACGUUUGCAUUCUGGUGCACAUACUUUUUUACGUUGCUCUGUGGUACGCCACUACGGUGAUAAGAAAAAUGGAGAAGGCGAAUAAGGAGAUGCUAAAAAUCAUGGAGCAGAACAGAAUGAGACUGGAAGACGUAGUGGCGUUGAAAGAUAAGAAAACGGAAUACGACGAGGCGGUGGUUAAAGUGAAAGAAACGCAGAGAUUAACAUCGCAGGAACUGGAAAACGAGAUGCAACGUCUAAGCACGGAACUGAUCAACGCGGAGGACAAGCUACUGGAACUGGAGAAAGUGGUGAAUACAUAUCCGGCGGAGAAUCGUGCAAGAGUUCUGCGGGCGACGUCGCUGACCGAGAAAACGAACGCGCGGGGCCGUGUUUUGGCGAAGGACGAACGGUCUCGCUCGAGAAUCUCAAGAUACUCGAACCGUCGUUUCCACCGCCGCAACCACCGGAACCUCCACCUAGGAAGUAUGGGAUCUUUGUCUCUCGACCUCCUGGCCAACGUCGUCCACCUCCCGCGGCUUCAGCUGCGACCGCACCCCCAAAAAUCGGACACAAGUAACUACGCAUCCGUGGAAGCUUCCGAGGAAUCCACGAUUUAUCACCAGCCUGAUAAAUUCAUGUGGAGUGCUGGAGAUCGUCGACGAGACGAUAGACGAAGAAAGCGACCAGGAAAAUUCUCUAGUAGUGGCAUUUCGACGCGUUUUAGUAUGAAAAAAUUGCACGACGAGUCUCUGAAGAAUGUGACACCUUUUACCAGAUCGUUGUUGGGUCUCGUCACAGUUUUCACGCAGCAAAAAUAUUAAAUAUACUGCUUGAAAAUAGACUAUAUAAUAUAUUUCUUAAAUAUAUCAGUCACAAGUACUUGCAAUAAAUUGAAUAAUAUAUAGGAAAUAUUACGCAUUUCCUACUUUAUAUUUAUCUUCUUUAUACAUAAUUAUAAUCACAUAUAUAAAAUAUUGCUUGUCCUUUUCUAGCGAGAUUGACUUGUUGGGAUUAAGUAUCUCUAAUGUCAUCUAAUUGUCGUUUCUGCCAAGUCAUUCAACUAUUCAUCAGCAUGCAUUGGAUAUUUACUUGGUGCAUAUCGUUAAUCGUAAUUUGCAAAAUUAAUUACCACGUUUACGUCGAAUACUAGUGUCGAGGAAAAACGAUAUUCGGAUUACACGAUCAUACAUUGUAGAUUAUCAAACUUUUUCUCACGCGACUAUAGCAAUUACGAAAUACGUUGACGUCUUUACAGACGUGUGUCAGAGUGCAACGCGUAUACAAUGACUCUGUGGGAAAGUGAAAUUGAAAAUAGAAUCAAGUUUCAAUGCAUAUUGAGUAGAAAAGUGGCAAUUGAAGCAAAAUCAAUUAACCGAGCUUAAACGAAUUUAUGAAAAUUUAUUAUUAUGGAAAUUUAUGAAGUAAAGCGAACGUAUCUAUAUGGACUUUGAAGAUAGUACGUGACUGAUCUUUUGUCUGAUCUGGACGCGCACGUAUCAUUGCCCUUGGGCAAACUGGUUUACUCGAAGAAAAAUUCUUUUUGUUCUACGUACGCAGGAUAUAUCGUGGAACUGGAAAAUACAUUUAUUCAGGAUUGCGAGAGCAAGCAUCGUAUUACAUGUGUAGAACUGUUGUUGAAAAACAAUUUCUCCAUAUAAAUGUUUAUUCCGUUGUGUAUCGAGAUAUCGAAGAAUGAGAAGAACAUUUUGAUGCUGUUGAUAUUGACAAAACAAUAACAUAUUUGAUACUUGUAUUUGACAAAAUAUUAUUUGUACUAACGAAGAAAACUGAAAUUAUUAAAUGACAUAAAUAAAACUGUUUCAAAGAAAAUUUCAUGUUC